AUGAGAAGUUCCAGCCGGGUGGCCAUCUCCGCCUGCGUCUCCCUGCUACUGAGUUUUACUUUACUGGCUGCGGCCAUCGGCAGCGAGUACUGGUACAUCAUAGAGAUGAAUCCGCUAAACCGGAGCCACAUGGAGGAUCUGAGCUCCCAUUCAGGACUGUGGAGAAUCCACGAAGGUGGGAAGGUUUAUUUCUUCACAGCCGCCGAAUCAAACUACACAGAGUCGGAAUUACAAAUGCUGAACAUGCACAGUGUGAUCGUGGUGGUGCUCCCCAUCAGUCUGGUCCUCCUGGUGUUGGGUGGGAUCUGCGGACUGGUCGCCUCUCUGGUCCGGAGUCGUGCUCUGCUCACCGGCACCGCCUCCUACCUCCUCCUCUGCAGUCUGCUGACUCUGUGUGGUGUGGUCCUCUACAUCAUGUAUUCCUACCAAGCCCUGGCGGAGACGGAGAGGCUGGUGGGUCCGGAGGGUCUGGCCCACGUCAGCACCUCCUUCGGCUGGUCCCUGGCUCUGGCCUGGCUUUCCUACAGCCUGGAGGUCUUCAGCGGACUGCUGCUGCUCAUCAGUGCCCACGUAGCCCAGCCGGAGCAGAGCAGGUCCACGGUGGCCUAG